AUUGGCCACCCUGUGAAUGGAUGUCAGCGUGGGGUGACACAUCUCAGGGUCAGGUGAUGGUGCUUCAGGGGAGGGGAGCCCCUGCACUCACAGCCAACAAGUACUCAGGAAGAGGGGGUCUCCCGCCCAUCCUCCCCCCCCCCGGGGGGACACUGAGGCUGGAGCUAGAGCCCAAGCAUGGGGAGUGGGAUACAGCCACAUUCCUAUGUGUCCCUCUGUGUGCCACCGCCCCGGCAGCCCCGCGACGCCCGGGCUGCCGGCGCCAGGUGAGCUCUGGGGUGCCCGCUGCGCCAGGGGCGCAAAGUGCAGGCUGGCGGCCUCAGGGGGCGCGGGUCCCGCUCGGCCUCCCGGGAAUGGCCGAGCCCCGCCCUGGCCGCCACUCCGAGGCGGGCUCCACUCACGGGCGCGGGGCGGGCCCUGCGGGCGGGCGGGGACGGGAAGCCCCGGCGGCGGCGCACGCCCGUCGGAGGGCCCGGUGCGGCGCGAGGCGCAUGGAGCGGCGGCCGGGAGGCUGCGCGGCGGCGGCGGCAGGGGCUGCGGCUCUCCUCCUAGCACUGCUGGGUGCCCAGGGCCAGGGCAGCAUCGCGGGCCCCCGGUGUGACUGUGCCGGCGACUUCCAGAAGAGGAGUGGUCUCCUCUGCUGCGGGGGCUGUCCAGCCGGGCACUACCUGAAGACCCCCUGCACAAAGCCCUGUGGGGCUGCCACCUGCCUCCCGUGCCCACGGGGCACCUUCUUGGCCAGGGAGAACCACCAUGAGACCCGCUGUGCCCGCUGCCAGGCCUGCGAUGAGGAGGCCUCCCAGGUCGCCCUGGAGAACUGCUCGGCAGUGGCGGACACCCGCUGCGGCUGCCAGCCGGGCUGGUUCAUGGAGUGCUCCGUCAGACUCUGCAGUGACGGCUCGCCCUUCCACUGCCGCCCGUGCCCAGACUGCGCGGCCCUGCACCGCCACUCACGGGCUCCCUGUUCGGGCAGACGUACCGACUGCGGGGACUGCCUGCCUGGCUUCUAUGGACAUGCUGACAGCUGCGUGCCCUGCCCCACGAGCACCCUCGGGAGCUGUCCUGAGCCCUGCGCUGCUGUCUGUGGCUGGAGGCAGACUGCUCCUCCAGUGUUCUGGGUCCAGGUGCUCCUGGCAGGCCUGGUGGCCCCGCUCCUCCUCGGCGCCACCCUGACCUACACCUACCGCCGCUGCCAGCCUUGCAAGCCUGCCAUCUCUGAUGAGCCUGGGAUGGAGGCCCUGACCUCCCUGCGGGCCAUGGACCCCUCACCCCCAGACAGUGCCCACACCCUGCUGGCCCCGCCCGGCAGCAGUGAGAAGGUCGGGACAGUCCAGUUGGCAGACCACAGCUGGGCCCCCAGCUCCCCACAGACCCAGGAGGCGUCCUGCCCGGAGGUGACCUGGUCGUGGGAUCAGCUGCCCAGCCGAGCUCUUGCGCCCCCUGCAGGCUCCGCGGUGGCCGUGCUCCAGCCGGGCCCGCAACUCUACGACGUGAUGGACGCGGUUCCCGCGCGGCGCUGGAAGGAGUUCGUGCGCACGCUGGGGCUGCGCGAGGCGGAGAUCGAGGCCGUGGAGGUGGAGAUCGGCCGCUUCCGCGACCAGCAGUACGAGAUGCUCAAGCGCUGGCGCCAGCAGCAGCCCGCGGGCUUGGGCGCCGUCUACGCGGCCCUGGAGCGCAUGGGGUUGGACGGCUGCGCUGAGGAUCUGCGCAGCCGCCUGCAGCGCGGCCCGUGAAGCGGGGCCCACCCGCCACCUCGGGGCGCGGGUGGCCCUCGGAGAAGCCCUAAGUACGGUUACUUAUGCGUGUAGACAUUUUAUGUCACUUAUUAAGCCCCUGGCCCGUCCCUGCGUAGCAGCCAGCUGGCCUGGUCCCUGCGCGCCCCCAGGGGCCGGGUUAAGGCGAAGAGCCACUGACGAAUCUCGGGAAGGGGGUUCAGGAGAUCCCUGUUUCUCGGCCUGAUUUUGGCUGAGGCUUGGUAUUAAAUCUCUGACGG